AUGAUAUCUUACCCAGCUGAUCACUGGCUGCACGGACAUAAGACUUUCCUAGCAAGCAAUUUUUUCACCUACGACCCUUCACUAUGUCGUCUAAGACUGCAAGUCGAACAUGAAUAUAUUCAAAAGCCAACACUUUGUCGAAGGUUAAAGAAAGAAAUCUUGGAACUACGAACAGUAAAAUUGCAUCCUUAUCUUUUUGACCAUAUGGUUGCUGAUGUUGAUGAAGAUGUCCAACUUGCUCUCAACAUUACUACUUUCGUUCAACAAUUCCAACACAAUCAGUUAUGGUCCAGGUAUACAUUCUACAGUUUCCGCAACUUAAAAAAUAUUGGAACGAUAUCACUGUUCUCCCUCAUUCCAGCAAAAGACAUCAACCUCUUUUGGUCACUCCCCAUCUUACUUCCUGCUCGUAAUCACUGGUAUAGGGUGCUCUGUAAGAAGUUGCCCACCGCCAUUUAUCUUCAUCAAAUUGGCACUGUAUCUAGUACUCUUUGCAGGCUAUGUACCUCGGCUGAAGAAGACACUGAUCACUUUAUCGUUUCUUGUCCGAAAAAGAAUCUUAUUUGGUCUCUGAUACUUCAAUAUCAUUUCCCUACUUACAUGUUUACCAACACUGACAUUCUGAAUGCGUUACACUUUAUCCAGUCACCUUUCCAUCAUCGAUCUGUUCUCUAUCGACCUUUUUUUGUAAUUGUCUCGACUACUCAAUUUUAUAUCUGGAAAGCUUACUGGCAACUCAUCAUUGACAGUAUUCCUUUUAAUACCGAUACAAUUGUUACAACUAUUAAUCACCAAAUCCAUAUUCUUAUGAAUAGGAUUUCCGAUUGA